CGGUGCCAGCGGCGACGACGGAUUCAGCGAUGCCGGCGAGGGUACCAAGCCAGCCGAUCGUGGUGCGCGAGAAGGCCAAGUCGCUUAAGCUGACAAAGUUCAAGGGCCUUGACGACGCCAUGCCCGUGACGAUGUGGCUGAAGACCGUCCGAGCAGAAGUGCACCGCCAAGCUGUGACGAUGGGAGUCGAGUGGCAGGAGAAGCAGCUCUACCAUGAGGUGGCUGCACACUUGGAGGGAGAGGCGCAGCGGUGGUUCGCCACCGUGGGGAGGAGACAGUGCCCGAGUCGGAGGAGAGCAUCGGCACGCUGGCGGACAUGUUACGCGCGAAGUACAUGACGCGCAGGACGGGGCCGGAGGUCGUGGACUUGCUGAACUCGCGGCGACAGAUGCGCGGCGAGCGACUGCUGGAAUACGCGCAGUCGCUGCGCGAGAUAGCCGAGCAGGGUGACAUCGGCGAGGACUGGCUCGUCAACGCGUUCUUGAAGGGGAUGAGUAGCACGAUCGGCGCAACACCAUCGCCCCAGGAACUUGGACGACGCAGUGAACCUUGCGAUCCCGCAUGUGGGAGACUACGGUGAGGGAUACGGCGUGGGCCUGGAGGAGGCCAUGGCCGCGUGGGACGAGCGCGAAAGCGCCAGUGGGCGCGGGCCUCUGGCAGCGGCGAGAGCGGCACGAGAUCAGGAAC